AUGGGCUCACUGAGUGAGGUAAGCGUGACUCCAUGCGACAGCAGUCCGUGCAUAUUGUACAAGGGCGAGAACACUCGUGUGACAGUGAAAUUCACAACAAGUCGACGCAUCACGACCGGGACAUUCUUAUUUUCGGGAAUUAUUGACGGGCAAGAGAUACCGUUCAACCUGACGAAUUCCUACAUUUGUCCUUAUAUGCGACCCAGAUGUCCUCUCCGAGCCGGUGGAACCGUGUACACUUUCACUUAUUCUCUACCUGUCCAGACCUCAUAUCCAUCAAUUACACUCCCAGUCGAUUGGAAAUUGAUUACCAACGGUCAGACGGCCAUCUGUGCACGCAUCCCAAUCAGCAUUGAGUGGCGUGGGCAAGGACAAGACUUGGUCGCUUGA